AUGGACAAGAAAGCGUCUGCUGGUCCGCCGGGAUACCCGGGGCCGGCCUUGCAUCGCGACGAGCAACGGGGCCGCCGCGGGUCUGCGGCUCUCAACGUCAUCGAGAAUCCCCUCAAGCGCAAAUCGGAGCAAGACAACAUUCGCGAUGCCAGGGCCUUUGCCGAGACGCACGGCAUGGCGGAGCACGCCGAGCUCUUUGGCCGCGCUGCCCUCGUGGCGCGAGACCCGCAGAGGUUCGAGACGACGUCGGAGCUUCGCGAGGAGGAGAGGAACGCCUUGGCCUACGAAAGAGAUCACAAGUGGCACGGCCCAUUCAUGCUGUGGUACUCGAUCGGUCUCUGUGCCAUCGGCGCCGCCACCCAGGGAUGGGAUCAGACGGGUGCCAACGGUGCCAACCUGUCCUUUCCUGAGGAGUUUGGCAUUGCCGGCCAGGGCAGAGACGAGUGGAUUGUCGGCCUGGUCAACUCCAUCAUUUUCCUCACGGCCGGUCUCAUCGGUGCCUUCAUCGUCGACCCGCUCAACCACUACCUCGGCCGACGAGGCGAAAUCUUCGUCACAGCCGCCUGUCUCACUGCCACCCCCAUCGGGUCCGCCUUUGCCAAGUCAUGGCAGGGACUCUUCGCCGCAAGGUUCGUCAUGGGCAUCGGCAUCGGCGCCAAAAACGCCACGGUGCCCAUCUACUCGGCCGAGAUGGCCCCAGCCAGGACGCGAGGCGCGCUCGUCAUGUUCUGGCAGCUCUGGGUCGUCGCCGGCAUCUUCCUGGGCUUCGCGGCCAACGUCAUCGUCAAGGACGUGGGCAAGAACGCCUGGCGUCUCCAGUUCGGCUCCGCCUUCAUCCCGUCCCUGAUCCUCAUGAUGGGCAUCUUCUUCUGCCCCGAGUCUCCGCGAUGGUUGAUGAAGCACAACAGGUACGGCGAGGGCUUCCGGUCCAUGCUGCGCCUGCGAGCCCACCCCAUCAUCGCCGCGAGGGACUUUUACUACUCCCACGUCAUCUACGAGGAGGAGAAGAGGGAAGCCCGCGGCGCCGGCUACUUUGCCCGCUUGUGGGACUGCUUCGCCGUGCCCAGGAUCCGACGGGCAAACUACGGCGCAUCUACCGUCAUGAUUGCGCAGCAAAUGUGCGGGAUCAACAUCAUCUCCUUCUACAGCUCGUCCAUCUUCAGGAGCGUCGGCUACUCCGCCACCGAGGCCUUGUAUGCGUCUCUCGGGUACGGAGCCGUCCAGGUCGUGGCUACCAUUCCUACCCUCUUCCUCAUUGAUACCAAGGGGCGAAGAACCCUGACCAUGAUCGUAAGUCCCUCUCAUCAUGUGGCAUGGGCCUUGGGAGCCGGCACAAGGACUGACGCGUCCAUCCGGCAAAAGACGUUUCCUCUCAUGUGCAUCUUCCUCCUGGCUGCCGGCCUCUCUCUGCUUCCCAACGGUGCCUAUCACAUUGCGGACCAGGAUGUGAACCAGAAUCCUGCCAACGACCUAAGACCUCGCGGUGCGCGGAUCGGACCUGUCGUGUUGUUCGUCUACCUGUUUACCAUUUGCUACUCACUGGGCGAGGGGCCAGUUGCCUUCCAGUACUCCGCCGAGGUCUUUCCCACGAUUCAGCGUGAGCAGGGAAUGGCCUGGGCCGUCUGCAUCAACAACACCUUUGCUGGCAUCCUUGGCUUGACCUUUCCACGCAUGAAGACGGUCAUGACCUCAACCGGUGCUUUCGGUUUCUACGCCGGCCUCAAUCUCGUGGCGUGGGUCAUGAUCUUUUGCUUCGUUCGAGAGACCAAACAACUCACUCUGGAAGAACUGGAUCAGGUCUUUUCGAUCCCCACAAAGAAAUUCAUACACUACGAAGCAACUGUGUGGCUUCCGUGGUUCAUCAAGCGCUACGUCUUCUUCCAAAAGCUGCCGCGUCCUCCGCCGCUCAUGGAGAAGGCGGAGAGCGAGGAUGCCCUCAAGGACGCGUAG